AUGGCAGAGAUUUUUGAUGGCUUGAAACCAGCAGCCAGUGCAGCAGUGCCCACGGGCAUCGUGCUCAUUUCUACCAAGUUGGCGGAGUUGUUGGGCGUCAGCAACGGGGAACAGGUUCAAAUUGCCCGCUCUGAGCGUGUCUCACGGCGAGGGAGUAAGGAGGAUGGAGCUGAGCCCGUGGCUGGCGUGCGGAGAGAGUCCAAUUAUACCGGCAGCUUGCCACCGGAGAAGCGCAGCCAUGCGGUCUGGUCUGAGUCUCCUCUUUUCCCUCAUGCAAGAAACGACCACUCCGGGCGACGGACGGUGCACGGAGUGCACCACUCCGUGCACUCCGUGCAGGGACGGAUUCUUGGAACGCCUCAGGCCAAAGUUGCAGAAGAACUUCCAGAGCAUCUCCACACCACUCCGCGUGGCUACGUGCCACGGCCCAUGGCCUCAGUGGCUUCAGCCCACGGCUUCCACCAUCCACCGAUGCCGGUGGCGCAGCCGACGGCCACGCCGACGCCGCAGACGCCGCCCGUUGGCCCCGUGCCUGGCCCGAAGGUUGGCCCUGGAUAUUCCAAUCCUGGGCAGCCUGGCUAUCACCCCGUCUAUGCUCAGCCCUGGCGUGUAGUGAUGCCCAGUGUGUGGAAGAGGCAGGAGGAAGAGGCCAUGGAAUUGGCACAACUUCGCACGCAACUGCUGCAAGUCAAAAUGGAGUUGGGCUCCAGUGAGUCCAUGAAUGAGUCGGAAGGCCUCUACGGGAAGCUUGAAUGGCAAGAGGAUGUCAAAUCCUUCCAGGUUCAGGUGCCUCCCUGCUGGUUUGGGAAGCCGGAGAAGAGCCAGGAACCCCUGGGUCCAGAUGGGAAACCUGCCUGGUGUCAGCAUGUCUCCUAUGGUGCCAGGCCCUAUGUGGAGGAGUGCUCCGAUUUGGGUGCCACUCCGAAGGCAGCACCAGCACCCACCAAGAACACGAAGAAACCUGCGAUGCUCGGUGAUGGACUUGGUCAGGGCCAGGACUGCAGCGACCAGAUCGAGUCCCUUUGGUUGCGACAACGCGAAGCGAACUUGGCAUGGAGACCGGCGCUUCUAGAGAUGGAAUCUGCGGAGAAUAGCUCCUCCAUGGUGUAUGGUAAGCUACUGACCACCGCCCCGCAUUGGUGUGGCUAUAUCCCGUGGUUGGUGCAGUUUGUGGUGCCUCCUUGCUGGUUCGGCAAACCGGCACCCAGCACUGGCCCCUUGGGGCCAGAUGGCAAGCCGGAGUGGUGUAAAUGGGUCUCACCUAGUGCCAUUGAGUAUGUCCCCGACUGCAAGGGAGGCAUGUACGACAAGGGCCCCUUGCUGGGCGCGGCUCCACCACCAGCUACACGUCCCAACGUGAAGCCGGGAUGGUGCUCCCACGUGCCAAAGGACGGCGGGAAGAACAACAGGGAUUUUGGUGUUUGUUUUGGCGUAGCCUAUGUACAAAAAGGAUUACUAUGGUACCUGAUGUUUCAGAAUCAUGAAUCAGGUACCACAGUAAUCCUUUUUGUACAUGAAUAUGGUACCUGA